UUACCGGAGGCUACAAGGGGUUACAAGGGGAUAAAAGGGGUUACAAGGGAUACAGGGGGUUACAAGGGGUUACAAGGGGUGACAGGGGGUGACAAGGGGUUACAGGGGGUUACAAGGGGUUACAGGGGGUUGCAAAGAAUUAUACAAACUUUUUACCAAUUAGAACGUUCCCAGAUACUUUUUCUUGGUCUAUUUUGCAUAAAAAUCAAAGUUGAAGAAAUCUCUUAUUUUUGAUCAAAAGGAUGGACUAACCCCUUUGGAAAAAUUCUAAUUUUGCGUUUUUCGUAAACAGUUGUUUUUAUAGUCUUUAAAGGCUUCUUUUUUUAUCUAGAACGUCAGCAAACACUUUUUCUCGAUCUAUUUUUCAUAAAUACAAAAGAUGAAAAAAACUCAAUUUUUUGACCAAAAUCAUGGACUAUCCCCUUUGCAAAAAUGCCAAUUUUGCCUUCUUUUUAAAUCCAUGUUUAUAUUGUCUAGAAAGGCUUGCUUUCUAACGAGAACGUCACCAAAUACUUUUUCUAGGUGUAUUUUGCAUAAAACGAAACGUUCACAAAAUUUCCAAUUUUUGACCAAAACCAGGGACUAACCCCUUUGCAAAAAUGCAAAUUUUGUGGGUUUUUGAAACCGAUAUUUUUUUGUUCAGAAAGGCUUGUUUCCUAUAUAAAACGUCGAAAAUCGUUUUUUCACGAUCUAUUUUCACGAUCUAUGACAUGGGAAUACACGGGGUUACGAGGGGUUACCGGGGGUUACAAGGGGUUACAAGGGGUUACAAGGGGGUGACAAGGGGUUACAAGGGGUGACAGGGGCGACAAGGUGUUACAGGGGGUUGCAAGGGAUUAUACAAACUUUUUUCUCACUAGAACGUUCCCAGAUAUUUUCCUUGGUCUAUUUUGCAUAAAAAUCAAAGUUGAAGAAAUCGCUAAUUUUUGAUCAAAGUGAUGGACUAACCCCCUUUUAAAAAUUCUAAUUUUCCGCUUUUCGUAAACAGUUGUUUUUAUAGUCUUUAAAGGCUUCUUUUUUUAUCUAGAACGUCAGCAAACACUUUUACUCGAUCUGUUUUUGAUAAAUACAAAAGAUGAAAAAACCUCAAUUUUUUAAACAAAAUCAUGGACUAUCCCCUUUGCAAAAAAUGCUAAUUUUGCAUUCUUUUUAAAUCCAUGUUUAUAUUGUCUAGAAAGGCUUGUUGUCUAACUAGAACGUCACCAAAUACUUUUUCUGGUUGUAUUUUGCAUAAGACGAGACGUUCAUAAAAUUUCCUAUUUUUCACCAAAACCAUGGACUAACCCCUUUGCAAAAAUGCCAAUUUUGUGGGUUUUUAAAACCGAUGUUUUUUUUGUUCACAAAGGCUUGUUUGCUUUAUAAAACGUCCAAAAUCGUUUUUUGACGAUCUAUUUUCACGAUCUAUGACAUGGGAAUACACGGGUUACAAGGGGUUUUCCUGGGUUACAAGGGGUUACAAGGGGUUACUAGGGGCUACAAGGGGUUACAGGCGGUUACAAGGGGUUACAGGGGGUUGCAAAGGAUUAUAGAAACUUUUUUCUAACUAGAACGUUCCCAGAUACUUUUUCCUUGUGUAUUUGGCAUAAAAAUCAAAGUUGAAGAAAUCUCUAAUUUUUGGUCAAAACGAUGGACUAACCCCUUUGGAAAAAUUCUAAUUUUGUUUUUUUUGUAAACAGUUGUUUUUAUAGUCUUUAAAGGCUUCUUUUUUUAUCUAGAACGUCAGCAAACACUUUUUCUCGAUCUAUUUUUGAUAAAUAAAAAAGAUGAAAAAACUUCAACUUUUUGUCCAAAACCAUGGACUAACCCCUUUGCAAAAAUGCCAAUUUUGUGGGUUUUUGAAACCGAUGUUUUUUUUGUUCAGAACGGCUUCUUUGCUAUAUAAAACGUCGAAUAUCGUUUUCUCACGAUCUAUGACAUGGGAAUACACGGGUUUACAAGGGGUUACCGGGGGUUACAAUUGGUUACAAGAGAUUAAAAGGGGUUACAGGGGGUUACAAGAGGUUGCAAGGGGUGACACUGGGUGACAAGGGGUUACAGGGGGUUGCAAAGGAUUAUAGAAACUUUUUUCUAACUAGAACGUUCCCAGAUACUUUUUCUUGGUCUAUUUUGCAUAAAAAUCAAAGUUGAAGAAAUCUCUAAUUUUUGAUCAAAACGAUGGACUAAGCCCUUUGGAAAAAUUCUAAUUUUGCGUUUUUCGUAAACAGUUGUUUUUAUAGUCUUUAAAGGCUUCUUUUUUUAUCUAGAACGUCAGCAAACACUUUUACUCGAUCUAUAUCUAAUAAAUACAAAAGAUGAAAAAACUUCAACGUUUUGACCAAAAUCAUGGACUAUCCCCUUUGCAAAAAGGCCAAUUUUGCCUUCUUUUUAAAUCCAUGUUUAUAUUGUCUAGAAUGGCUUGUUUUCUAACGAGAACGUCACCCAAUACUUUUUCUGGGUGUAAUUUGGAUAAAAGGAAACGUUCGAAAAAUUUCCAAUUUUUGACCAAAACCAUGGACUAACCCCUUUGCAAAAAUGCCAAUUUAUUGUCUUUUUGAAACCGAUGUUUUUUUGUUCAGAAAGGCUUGUUUGCAAUAUAAAACGUCGAAAAUCGUUUUUUCACGAUCUAUUUUCACGAUCUAUGACAUGGGAAUACACGGGGUUACGAGGGGUUACCGGGGGUUACAAGGGGUUACAAGGGAUUAGAAGGGGUUACAACGGGUUACAAGGGGUUACAGGGGGUUACAAGGGGUUACAAGGGGUGACAGCGGGUGACAAGGGGUUACAGGGGGUUGCAAAGGAUUAUAGAAACUUUUUUCUAACUAGAACUUUCCCAGAUACUUUUUCUUGGUCUAUUUUGCAUAAAAAUCAAAGUUGAAGAAAUCUCUAAUUUUUGGUCAAAACGAUGGACUAACCCCUUUGGAAAAAUUCUAAUUUUGCGUUUUUCGUAAACAGUUGUUUUUAUAGUCUUUAAAGGCUUCUUUUUUUAUCUAGAACAUCAGCAAACACUUUUUCUCGAUCUAUUUUGAUAAAUACAAAAGAUGAAAACACCUUUACUUUUUGACCAAAAUCAUGGACUAUGCCCUUUGCAAAAAUGCCAAUUUUGCCUUCUGUUUAAAUACAUGUUUAUAUUGUCUAGAAAGGCUUGUUUUCUAACGAGAACGUCACCAAAUACUUUUUCUGGGUGUAUUUUGCUUGAAACGAAACGUUCUCAAAAUUUCAAAUUUUUGACCAAAACCAUGAGCUAACGCCUAUGCAAAAAUGCCAAUGUUGUGGGUUUUUGAAACCGAUGUUUUUUUUCUUUAGAAAGGCUUGUUUGCUAUAUAAAACGUCGAUAAUCGUUUUUUCACGAUCUAUUUUCACGAUCUAUGACAUGGGAAUACACGGGGUUACGAGGGGUUACCGGGGGUUACAAGGGGUUACAAGGGAUUACAAGGGGUAACUGGGGGUUACAAGGGACUAACCCCUUUGCAAAAAUGCAAAUUUUGUGGGUUUUUGAAACCGAUAUUUUUUUGUUCAGAAAGCCUUGUUUGCUAUAUAAAACGUCGAAAAUCGUUUUUUCACGAUCUAUUUUCACGAUCUAUGACAUGGGAAUACACGGGGUUACGAGGGGUUACCGGGGGUUACAAGGGGUUACAAGGGGUUACAAGGGGGUGACAAGGGGUUACAAGGGGUGACAGGGGCGACAAGGUGUUACAGGGGGUUGCAAGGGAUUAUACAAACUUUUUUCUAACUAGAACGUUCCCAGAUAUUUUCCUUGGUCUAUUUUGCAUAAAAAUCAAAGUUGAAGAAAUCGCUAAUUUUUGAUCAAAGUGAUGGACUAACCCCCUUUGAAAAAUUCUAAUUUUCCGCUUUUCGUAAACAGUUGUUUUUAUAGUCUUUAAAGGCUUCUUUUUUUAUCUAGAACGUCAGCAAACACUUUUUCUCGAUCUGUUUUUGAUAAAUACAAAAGAUGAAAAAACCUCAAUUUUUUAAACAAAAUCAUGGACUAUCCCCUUUGCAAAAAAUGCUAAUUUUGCAUUCUUUUUAAAUCCAUGUUUAUAUUGUCUAGAAAGGCUUGUUGUCUAACGAGAACGUCACCAAAUACUUUUUCUGGGUGUAUUUUGCAUAAGACGAGACGUUCAUAAAAUUUCCUAUUUUUCACCAAAACCAUGGACUAACCCCUUUGCAAAAAUGCCAAUUUUGUGGGUUUUUAAAACCGAUGUUUUUUUUGUUCACAAAGGCUUGUUUGCUUUAUAAAACGUCCAAAAUCGUUUUUUGACGAUCUAUUUUCACGAUCUAAGACAUGGGAAUACACGGGUUACAAGGGGUUUUCCUGGGUUACAAGGGGUUACAAGGGGUUACUAGGGGCUAAGAGGGGUUACAGGCGGUUACAAGGGGUUACAGGGGGUUGCAAAGGAUUAUAGAAACUUUUUUCUAACUAGAACGUUCCCAGAUACUUUUUCUUGGUCUAUUUUGCAUAAAAAUCAAAGUUGAAGAAAUCUUUAAUUUUUGAUGAAACAAUCGAUGGACUAACCCCUUUGGAAAAAUUCUAAUUUUGUUUUUUUCGUAAACAGUUGUUUUUAUAGUCUUUAAAGGCUUCUUUUUUUAUCUAGAACGUCAGCAAACACUUUUUCUCGAUCUAUUUUUGAUAAAUAAAAAAGAUGAAAAAACUUCAACUUUUUGACCAAAACCAUGGACUAACCCCUUUGCAAAAAUGCCAAUUUUGUGGGUUUUUGAAACCGAUGUUUUUUUUGUUCAGAACGGCUUCUUUGCUAUAUAAAACGUCGAAAAUCGUUUUCUCACGAUCUAUGACAUGGGAAUACACGGGUUUACAAGGGGUUACCGGGGGUUACAAUUGGUUACAAGAGAUUACAAGGGGUUACAGGGGGUUACAAGGGGUUGCAAGGGGUGACACUGGGUGACAAGGGGUUACAGGGGGUUGCAAAGGAUUAUAGAAACUUUUUUCUAACUAGAACGUUCCCAGAUACUUUUUCUUGGUAUAUUUUGCAUAAAAGUCAAAGUUGAAGAAAUCUCUAAUUUUUGAUCAAAACGAUGGACUAAGCCCUUUGGAAAAAUUCUAAUUUUGCGUUUUUCGUAAACAGUUGUUUUUAUAGUCUUUAAAGGCUUCUUUUUUUAUCUAGAACGUCAGCAAACAUUUUUUCUCGAUCUAUUUUUGAUAAAUACAAAAGAUGAAAGAACUUCAACUUUUUGAGCAAAAUCAUGGACUAUCCCCUUUGCAAAAAUGCCAAUUUUGCUUUCUUUUUAAAUACAUGUUUAUAUUGUCUAGAAAGGCUUGUUUUCUAACGAGAACGUCACCAAAUACUUUUUCUGGGUGUAUUUUGCAUAAAACGAAACGUUCACAAAAUUUCCAAUUUUUGACCAAAACCAUGGACUAACCCCUUUUGCAAAAAUGCCAAUUUUGUGGCUUUUUGAAACCGAUGUUUUUUUUGUUCAGAAAGGCUUGUUUGCUAUAUAAAACGUCGAAAAUCAUUUUUUCACGAUCUAUUUUCACGAUCUAUGACUUAAGAAUACACCGGGUUACAAGGGUUACCGGGGGUUUCAAGGGGUUACAAGGGGUUACAAGGGGUUACAGGGGGUUACAAGGGGUUACAAGGGGUGAACGGGGGUGACAAGGGGUUACAGGGGGUUGCAAAGGAUUAUAGAAACUUUUUUCUAACUAGAACGUUCCCAGAUACUUUUUCUUGGUCUAUUUUGCAUAAAAAUCAAUGUUUAAGAAAUCUCUAAUUUUUGAUCAAAACGAUGGGCUAACCCCUUUGGAAAAUUUCUAAAUUUGUGUUUUUCGUAAACAGUUGUUUUUAUAGUCUUUAAAGGCUUCUUUUUUUAUCUAGAACGUCAGCAAACACUUUUUCUCGAUCUAUUUUUGAUAAAUACAAAAGAUGAAAAAACUUCAACUUUUUGACCAAAAUCAGGGCCUAUCCCCUUUGCAAAAAUGCCAAUUUUGCCUUCUUUUUAAAUCCAUGUUUAUAUUGUCUAGAAAGGUUUGUUUUCUAACGAGAACGUCACCAAAUACUUUUUCUGGGUGUAUUUUGGAUAAAACGAAACGUUCACAAAAUUUCCAAUUUUUGACCAAAACCAUGGACUAACCCCUUUGCAAAAAUGCCAAUUUUGUGCGUUUUUGAACCCGAUGUUUUUUUAGUUCAGAAAGGCUUGUUUGCUAUAUAAAACGUCGAAAAUCGUUUUCUCACCAUCUAUUUUCACGAUCUAUGACAUGGGAAUACAUGGGGUUACAACGGGUUACCGGGGGUUACAAGGGGUUACAAGGGGUUACAAGAAGUUACCAGGGGUUACAAGGGGUUACAAGGGGUUACAAGGGGUGACAGGGGGUGACAAGGGGUUACAGGGGGUUGCAAAGGAUUAUACAAACUUUUUUCUAACUAGAACGUUCCCAGAUAUUUUUUCUUCGUCUAUAUUGCAUAAAAGUCAAAGUUGAAGAAAUCUCAAAUUUUUGAUCAAACUAUGGAUUAACCCCUUUGGAAAAAUUCUAAUUUUGCGUUUUUCGUAAAUAGUUGUUUUUAUAGUCUUUAAAGGCUUCUUUUUUAAUCUAGAACGUCAGCAAACACUUUUUCUCGAUCUAUUUCUGAUAAAUACAAAAGAUGAAAAAACUUCAACUUUUUGACCAAAAUCAUGGACUAUCCCCUUUGCAAAAAUGCCAAUUUUGCCUUCUUUUUAAAUCCAUGUUUAUAUUGUCUAGAAGGGCUUGUUUUCUAACGAGAACGUACCAGGGGUUACCAGGGGUUACAAAGGGUUACAAGGGGUUACAAGGGGUUACAAGGGGUUACAGGGGGUUACAAGGGGUUAAAAGGCGUGACAUGGGGGUGACAAGCGGUUACAGGGGGUUGCAAAGGAUUAUAGAAACUUUUUUCUAACUAGAACGUUCCCAGAUACUUUUUCUUGGUCUAUUUUGCAUAAAACUCAAAUUUGAAGAAAUCUCUAGUUUUUGAUGAAAACGAUGGACUAACCCCUUUGGAAAAAUUCUAAUUUUGCUUUUUUCGUAAACAGUUGUUCUUAUAGUGUUUAAACGCUUCUUUUUUUAUCUAGGACGUCAGCAACCACUUUAUCUCGAUCUAUUUUUAACAAAUACAAAUGAUGAAAAAACUUCAACUUUUUGACCAAAAUCAUGGACUAUCCCCUUUGCAAAAAUGCCAAUUUUGCCUUCCUUUCAAAUCCAUGUUUAUAUUGUCUAGAAAGGCUUAUUGUCUAACGAGAACGUCACCAUAUACUUUUUCUGGGUGUAUUUUGCAUAAAACGAAACGUUUACAAAAUUUCAAAUUUUUGACCAAAACCAUGGACUAACCCCUUUGCAAAAAUGGCAAUUUUGUGGGUUUUUCAAACCGAUGUUUUAUGUUCAGACAGGCUUGUUUGCUAUAUAAAACGUCGAAAAUCUUUUUUUCACGAUCUAUUUUCACGAUCUAUGACAUGGGAAUACAGAGGGUUACAAGGGAUUACCGGGGGUUACAAGGGGUUACAAGGGGUUACAAGAAGUUACAAGGGGUUACAGGGGGUUACAAGUGCUUACAAGGUGAAAGAGGUUGUGACAAGGUGUUACAUGGGGUUACAAAGGAUUAUAGAAACUUUUUUCUAUCUAGAACGUUACCAGAUACUUUUUCUUGGUCUAUUUUGCAUAAAAAUCAAAGUUGAAGAAAUCUCUAAUUUUUGAUCAAAACGAUGGACUAACCCCUUUGGAAAAAUUCUAAUUUUGCGUUUUUCGUAAACAGUUGUUUUUAUAGUCUUUAAAGGCUUCUUUUUUUAUCUAGAACGUCAGCAAACACUUUUUCUCGAUCUAUUUUUGAUAAAUACAAAAGAUGAAAAAACUUCAACUUUUUGACCAAAAUCAUGGAAUAUCCCCUUUGCAAAAAUGUCAAUCUUGUCUUCUUUUUAAGUCCAUGUUUAUAUUUUCUAGAAAGGCUUGUUUUCUAACGAGAACGUCACCAAAUACUUUUUCUGGGUGUAUUUUGCAUAAAACGAAACGUUCACAAAAUUUUCACUUUUUGACCAAAACCAUGGACUACCCCUUUGCAAAAAUGACAAUUUUGUGGCUUUUUGAAACCGAUGUUUUUUUUGUUCAGAAAGGCUUGUUUGCUAUAUAUGACGUCGAAAAUCGUUUUUUCACGACCUAUUUUCAUUAUCUAUGACAUAGUAAUACACGGGGUUACAAAAGGGGUUACCGGGGGUUACAAGGAGUUACCGGGGGUUAAGGGGGGCUACAAGGGGUUACAGGGGGUGACAAGGGGUUACAGGGGGUUGCAAAGGAUUAUAGAAACUUUUUUCUAACUAGAACGUUCCCAGAUACUUUUUCUUGGUCUAUUUGGCAUAAAAAUCAAAGUUAAAGAAUUUUCUAAUUUUUGAUCAAAAAGAUGGACUAACCCCUUUGGAAAAAUUCCAAUUUUGUGUUUUUCGUGAACAGUUGUUUUUAUAGUCUUUAAAGGCUUCUUCUUUUAUCUAGAACGUCAGCAAACACUUUUUCUCGAUCUAUUUUUGGAAAAUACAAAAGAUGAAAAAACUUCAACUUUUUGACCAAAAUCAUGCACUAUCCCCUUUGCAAAAAUGCCAAUCUUCCCUUCUUUUUUAAUCCAUGUUUAUAUUGUCUAGAAAGGUUUGUUUUCUAACGAGAACGUCACCAAAUACUUUUUCUGGGUGUAUUUUGCAUAAAACGAAACGUUCACAAAAUUUCCAAUUUUUGACCAAAACCAUGGACUAACCCUUUUGCAAAAAUGCCAAUUUUGUCGGUUUUUGAAACCCAUGUUUUUUUUGCUCAGAAAGGCUUGAUUGCUAUAUAAAUCGUCGAAAAUCGUUAUCUCUCGAUCUAUUUUCACGAUCUAUGACAUGGGAAUACAUGGGCUUACAACGGGUUAACGGGGGUUACCGGGGGUUUCAACGGGUUACAAGGGGUUACAAGGUGUUACAGGGGGUUACAAGGGGUUAGAAGGGGUGAACGGGGGUGACAAGGGGUUACAGGGGGUUGCAAAGGAUUAUAGAAACCUUUUUCUAAGUAAAACGUUCCCAGAUACUUUUUCUUGGUCUAUUUUGCAUAAAAAUCAAAGUUGAGGAAAUCUCUAAUUUUUGAUCAAAACCAUGGACUAACCCCUUUGCAAAAAUGCCAAUUUUGUGAGUUUUUGAAACCGACGUUUUUUUUGUUCAGAAAGGCUUGUUUGCUAUAUAAAACGUCAAAAAUCGUUUUUUAACGAUCUAUUUUAACGAUCUAUGACAUAGGAAUACACGGGGUUACAAGGGGUUACCGGGGGGUUACAAGAGCUUACAAGGGGUUACAAGGGGUUACAAGGGGUUACAGGGGAUUACAAGGGGUUACAAGGUGUGCUAAGGGGUGACAAGGGGUUACAGGGGGUUGCAAAUGAUUAUAGAAACUUUUUUCUAACUAGAACGUUCCCAGAUACUUUUUCUUGGUCUUUUUUGCAUAAAAAUCAAAGUUGAGGAAAUCUCUAAUUUUUGAUCAAAACCAUGGACUAACCCCUUUGCAAAAAUGCCAAUUUGGUGGGUUUUUGAAACCGAUGUUUUUUUUGUUCAGAACGGCUUGUUUGCUAUAUAAAACGUCGAAAAUCGUUUUUUCACGAUUUAUGACAUGGGAAUACACGGGUUUACAAGGGGUUACCGGGGGUUACAAGGGGUUACAAGAGAUUACAAGGGGUUACAGGGGGUUACAAGGGGUUGCAAGGGGUGACACUGGGUGACAAGGGGUUACAGGGGGUUGCAAAGGAUUAUAGAAACUUUUUUCUAACUAGAACGUUCCCAGAUACUUUUUCUUGGUCUAUUUUGCAUAAAAGUCAAAGUUGAAGAAAUCUCUAAUUUUUGAUCAAAACGAAGGACUAACCCCUUUGGAAAAAUUCUAAUUUUGCUGUUUUCGUAAACAGUUGUUUUUAUAGUCUUUAAAGGCUUCUUUUUUUAUCUAGAACGUCAGCAAACACUUUUACUUGAUCUAUAUCUAAUAAAUACAAAAGAUGAAAAAACUUCAAUGUUUUGACCAAAAUCAUGGACUAUGCCCUUUGCAAAAAUGCCAAUUUUGCCUUCUUUUUAAAUACAUGUUUUUAUUGUCUAGAAUGGCUUGUUUUCUAACGAGAACGUCACCCAAUACUUUUCGUGGGUGUAAUUUGGAUAAAAGGAAACGUUCGAAAAAAUUCAAAUUUUUGACCAAAACCAUGGACUAACCCCUUUGCAAAAAUGCCAAUUUAUUGUCUUUUUGAAACCGAUGUUUUUUUGUUCAGAAAGGCUUGUUUGCUAUAUAAAACGUCGAAAAUCGUUUUUUCACGAUCUAUUUUCACGAUCUAUGACAUGGGAAUACACGGGGUUACGAGGGGUUACCGGGGGUUACAAGGGGUUACAGGGGGUUACAAGGGGUUACAAGGGGUGACAGGGGGUGACAAGGGGUUACAGGGGGUUGCAAAGGAUUAUAGAAACUUUUUUCUAACUAGAACGUUCCCAGAUACUUUUUCUUGGUCUAUUUUGCAUAAAAAUCAAAGUUGAAGAAAUCUCUAAUUUUUGGUCAAAACGAUGGACUAACCCCUUUGGAAAAAUUCUAAUUUUGCGUUUUUCGUAAACAGUUGUUUUUAUAGUCUUUAAAGGCUUCUUUUUUUAUCUAGAACGUCAGCAAACACUUUUUCUCGAUCUAUUUUUGUUAAAUAAAAAAGAUGAAAAAUCUUCAACUUUUUGACCAAAAUCAUGGACUAUGCCCUUUGCAAAAAUGCCAAUUUUGCCUUCUUUUUAAAUCCAUGUUUAUAUUGUCUAGAAAGGCUUGUUUUCUAACGAGAACGUCACCAAAUACUUUUUCAGGGUGUAUUUUGCAUAUAACGAAACGUUCACAAUAUUUCCAAUUUUUGACCAAAACCAUGGACUAACCUCUUUGCAAAAAUGCCAAUUUUGUGGGUUUUCGACACCCCCUUUUUUUUUUUUGAUCAGAAUGGCUUGUUUGCUACAUAAAACGUCGAAAAUCGUUUUUUCACGAUCUAUUUUCACGAUCUAUGACAUGGAAAUACACGGGGUUUCCGGGGGUUACAAGGGCUUACAGGGGGUUACAAGGGGUUACAGGGGAUUACAAGGGGUUACAAGGGGUUACAUGGGGUGACAAGGGGUUACAGGGGGUUGCAAAGGAUUAUAGAAACCUUUUUUCUAACUAGAACGUUCCCAGAUACUUUUUCUUGGUCUAUUUUGCAUAAAAAUCAAAGUUGAAGAAAUCUCUAAUUUUUGAUCAAAACGAUGGACUAACCCCUUUGGAAAUAUUCUAAUUUUGAGUUUUUCGUAAACAGUUGUUUUUAUAGUCUUUAAAGGCUUCUUCUUUUAUCUAGAACGUCAGCAAACACUUUUUCUCGAUCUAUUUUUGAUAAAUACAAAAGAUGAAAAAACUUCAACUUUUUGACCAAAAUCAUGGGCAAAAAUGUAAAUUUUGCCUUCUUUUGACAUCCAUGUUUAUAUUGUCUAGAAAAGCUUGUUUUCUAACGAGAACGUCACCAAAUACUUUUUCUGGGUGUAUUUUGCAUAAAACGAAACGUUCACAAAAUUUCCAAUUUUUGACCAAAACCAGGGACUAACCCCUUUGCAAAAAAUCCAAUUUUGUGGGUUUUUGAAACCGAUGUUUUUUUUGUUCAAAAUGGCUUGUUUGCUAUAUAAAAUGUCGAAAAUCGUUUUUUCACGAUCUAUUUUCACGAUCUAUGACAUGGGAAUACACGGGGUUACAAGGGGUUACCGGGGGUUACAAGGGGUUACAAGGGGUUACAAGCGGUUACAAGGGGUUACAGGGGGUUACAAGGGGUUACAAGGGGUGACAGGGGGUGACAAGGGGUUACAGGGGGUUGCAAAGGAUUAUACAAACUUUUUACCAAUUAAAACGUUCCCAGAUACUUUUUCUUGGUCUAUUUUGCAUAAAACUCAAAGUUGAAGAAAUCUCUAAUUUUUGAUCAAAACGAUGGACUAACCCCUUUGGAAAAAUUCUAAUUUUGUUUUUUCCGUAAACAGUUUUUUUUAUAGUCUUUAAAGGCCUCUUUUUUUAUCUAGAACGUCACCAAACACUUUUUCUCGAUCUAUUUUUCAUAAAUACAAAAGAUGAAAAAACUUCAACUUUUUGACCAAAAUCAUGGACUAUCCCCAUUGCAAAAAUGCCAAUUUUGUGGGUUUUUGAAACCGAUGUUUCGUUUGUUCAGAAAGGCUUGUUUCCUAUAUAAAACGUCGAAAAUCGUUUUUUCACGAUGUAUUUUCACGAUCUAUGACAUAGGAAUUCACGGGGUUACAAGUGGUUACCGAGGGUUACAGGGGGUUAAAAGGGGUUACAAGGGGUUACAGGGGGUUACAAGGGGUUACAAGGCGUGACAGGGGGUGACAAGGGGUUACAGGGGGUUGCAAAGGAUUAUAGAAAAUUUUUUCUAACUAGAACGUUCCCAGAUACUUUUUCUUGGUCUAUUUUGCAUAAAAACCAAAGUUGAAGAAAUCUCUAAUUUUUUUUCAAAACGAUGGACUAACCCCUUUGGAAAAAUUCUAAUUUUGCGUUUUCCGUAAACAGUUGUUUUCAUAGUCUUUAAAGGCUUCUUCUUUUAUCUAGAACGUCAGCAAACACUUUUUCUCGAUCUAUUUUUGAUAAAUACAAAAGAUGAAAAAACUUCAACUUUUUGACCAAAAUCAUGGGCAAAAAUGCCAAUUUUGCCUUCUUUUCAAAUCCAUGUUUAUAUUGUCUAGAAAGUCUUGUUUUCUAACGAGAACGUCACCCAAUACUUUUUCUGGGUGUAUUUUGCAUAAAACGAAACGUUCACAAAAUAUUCAAUUUUUGAACAAAACCAUGGACUAACCCCGUUGCAAAAAUGCCAAUUUUGUGGGUUUUUGAAACCGAUGUUUUUUUUGUUCAGAAAGGCUUGUUUGCUAUAUAAAACGUAGCAAAUCGUUUUUUCACGAACUAUUUUCACGAUCUAUGACAUGGGAAUGCACGGGGUUACAAGGGGUUACCGGGGGUUACAAGGGGUUACAAGGGGUUACAAGGGGUUACAGGCGGUUACAAGGGGUGACAAGGGGUGACAAGAGGUUACAGGGGGUUGCAAAGGAUUAUAGAAACUUUUUUCCAACUAGAACGUUCCCAGAUACUUUUUCUUGGUGUAUUUUGCGUAAAAAUCAAAGUUGAAGUUAUCUCUAAUUUUUGAUCAAAACGAUGGACUAACCCCUUUGGAAAAAUUCUAAUUUUGCGUUUUCCGUAAACAGUUUUUUUUAUAGUCUUUAAAGGCUUCUUUUUUUAUCUAGAACGUCAGCAAACACUUCUUCUCGAUCUAUUUUUGAUAAAUACAAAAGAUGAAAAAACUUCAACUUUUUGACCAAAAUCAUGGACUAUCCUCUUUGCAAAAAUGCCAAUUUUGUCUCCUUUUUUAAUCCAUGUUUAUAUUGUCUAGAAAGGCUUUUUUUCUAACGAGAACGUCAGCAAAUACUUUUUCUGGGUUUAUUUUGCAUAACACGAAACGUUAAUAAAAUUUCCAAUUUUUGACCAAAACCAUGGACUAACCCGUUUGGAAAAAUGAUGAUUUUGUGGGUUUUUGAAACCGAUGUUUUCGUUGUUGAGAAAGGCUUGUUUGCUAUAUAAAACGUCGCAAAUUGUUUUAUUACCAUUUAUUUUCGCCAUCUAUGACAUGGAAAUAGAGUGGGUUACUGGGGGUUACAAAGGGUUACCUGGGAUUACAGGGGGUUACAAAGGGUUACAAGGGGUUACAGGGGGUUACAAGGGGUGACACGGGGUGACAAGGGAUGACAGGGGGUUACAAAGGAUUAUACAAACUUUUUUCUAACUAGAACGUUCCCAGAUACUUUUUCUUGGUCUAUUUUGCAUAAAAAUCAAAGUUGAAGAAAUCUCAAAUUUUUGACCAAAACGAUGGACAAACCCCUUUGGAAAAAUACUUAUUUUGCGUUUUUCAUAAACAGUUGUUUUUAUAGUCUUUAAAGGCUUCUUUUUUAUCUACAACGUCAGCAAACACCUUUUUCUCGAUCUUUUUUUGGUAAACACAAAAGAUGAAAAAACUCCAACUUUUUGACCAAAAUCAUGCACUAUCCCCUUUGCGAAAAUGUCAAUUUUGUCUUCAUUUUAAAUGAAUGUUUAUAUUGUUUCGAAAGACUUGUUUUCUAACGAGAACGUCACCAAAUACUUUUUCUGGGUUUAUUUCGCAUAACACGAAACGUUAACAAAAUGUUCAAUUUUUGACCAAAACCAUGGACUAACCCCUUUGGAAUAAUGCUAAUUUUGUGGGUUUUUGAAACCGAUGUUUUCGUUGUUGAGAAAGGCUAGUUUGCUAUAUAAAACGUCGAAAAUCCUUUUUUCACCAUUUAUUUUCGCGAUCUAUGACAUGGGAAUACAGGGGGUUACUGGGGGUUACAAGGGGUUACAAGGGAUUACAGGAGGUUACUUGGGGUUACAAGGGGUUACAGGGGGUUACAAGGGGUGACACGGGGUGACAAGGGAUGACAGGGGGUUACAAAGGAUUAUACAAACUUUUUUCUAACUAGAACGUUCCCAGAUACUUUUUCUUGGUCUAUUUUGCAUAAAAAUCAAAGUUGAAGAAAUCUCAAAUUUUUGACCAGAACGAUGGACUAACCCCAUAGGAAAAAUUCUUAUUUUGCGUUUUUCAUAAACGGUUGUUUUUAUAGUCUUUAAAGGCUUCUUUUUUAUCUACAACGUCAGCAAACAUUUUUUCUCCAUCUAUUUUUGAUAAAUACAAAAGUUGAAAAACUUCAACUUUUUGACCAAAAUCAUGCACUAUCCCCUUUGCAAAAAUGUCAAUUUUGUCUUCAUAUUAAAUCCAUGUUUAUAUUGUCUAGAAAGGCUUUUUUUCUAACGAGAACUUCAGCAAAUACUUUUUCUGGGUUUAUUUUGCAUAACACGAAACGUUAACAAAAUUUCCAACUUUUGACCAAAACCAUGGACUAACCCCUUUGGAAAAUUGCUAAUUUUGUGGGUUUUAGAAACCGAUGUUUUCGUUGUUGAGAAAGGCAUGUUUGCUAUAUAAAACGUCGAAAAGCGUUUUCUCACCGUUUAUUUUCGCGAUCUAUGACAUCUGAAUAAAGGGGGUUACUGGGGGUUACAAGGGGUUACAAGGGAUUACAGGGGCUUACAAGGGGUUACAAGGGGUUACAAGGGGUUACAAAGGGUGACACGGGGUGACAAGGGAUGACAGGGGGUUACAAAGGAUUAUACAAAGUUUUUUCUAACUGAAACGCCCCCACAUACUUUUUCUUGGUCUUUUUUGAAUAAAAAUCAAAUUUCAAGAAAUCUUUAAUUUUUGACCAAAACGAUGGACUAACCCCUUUGGAAAAAUUCUUAUUUUGCGAUUUUCAUAAACAGUUGCUUUUUCAGUCUUUCAAGGCUUCUUUUUUAUCUACAACGUCAGCAAACACUUUUUCUCGAUCUAUUCUUGAUAAACACAAAAGAUGAAAAAACUUCAACUUUUUGACCAAAAUCAUGCACUAUCCCCUUUGCGAAAAUGUCAAUUUUGUCUUCAUUUUAAAUGAAUGUUUAUAUUGUUUCGAAAGACUUGUUUUCUAACGAGAACGUCACCAAAUACUUUUUCUGGGUUUAUUUCGCAUAACACGAAACGUUAACAAAAUGUUCAAUUUUUGACCAAAACCAUGGACUAACCCCUUUUAUAACAUAGCUAGAAAAUUCGCCUAAUCAAAUUCAAUAGCGCGAGCGUGCUUCUUAUUCCUAUUGAGCACGCUGAUGACGUCAAUAAACUAUUCGUAAUUCCUCGAGUUGUUGGGAGCUUAGCAAUCCUGAGUCUCCCGAGUGCAUCCAUAACUCAGCAAUAGACAAUGAAGCGUUUACCUUGUGUUUUAUAAGGAAAUUUAGGAGGAAAGGUUUGAAUUUGUUAACCGAUAGUAAGGAAAAGAGGUGAGUGUUGUUGUUGUUGUUGUCAUCUCGGCGAGCUGUGCGGGCUAUGGCGUGAGAUCAUUCUUUGCAAAGUUGUUUUCUCUCAAUAACAAUUUUUCGGUAAAUUAAAAGUUUUCCGGCGCCUAAAUAUGGAUUUUGCAAUCAUUUUAGAGUACACUUUCUCUCAGUUUCAGGAUAAAAACAUAAGAUUAACUGUGAGGAAAAAAAAUAUAGUCACGUAAUCAUUGACGCGUACUGCUUUGAGCGCGCCCUACAAUAAUAAAAUUUUCAGUUAACUGCUGCAUUGAUCGCUUUGAUAAUGUUAUAAAACAAUUAGUUCAUGCUGCAGCUGUGCGUAUGUCGAGAUAUUGAGCACUUGGGAAGUUUGGAGAGCACUCAAAAGGCUAGAGUUGCACUCGGCUGCGCCUCGUGCAACUCUUACGCCUCUUUCGUGCUCUCCAAACUUCCCGCGUGCUCAAUAUCUCGACAUACGCACGCCUCCGCAUGAACUAAUUGUUAAUGGAAUAAUGCUAAUUUUGUGGGUUUUUGAAACCGAUGUUUUCGUUGUUGAGAAAGGCUUGUUUGCUAUAUAAAACGUCGAAAAUCCUUUUUUCACCAUUUAUUUUCGCAAUCUGUGACAUGGGAAUACAGGGGGUUACUGGGGGUUACAAGGGGUUACAAGGGAUUACAGGAGGUUACAAGGGGUUACAAGGGGUUACAGGGGGUUACAAGGGGUGGUGACACGGGGUGACAAGGGAUGACAGGUGGUUACAAAGGAUUAUACAAACUUUUUUCUAACAAAAACGUUCCCAGAUACUUUUUCUUGGUCUAUUUUGCAUAAAUAUCAAAGUUGAAGAAAUCUCAAAUUUUUGACCAAAACGAUGGACUAACCCCUUUGGAAUAAUGCUAAUUUAGUGGGUUUUUGAAACCGAUGUUUUCCUUGUUGAGAAAGGCUUCUUUGCUAUAUAAAACGUCGAAAAUCGUUUUCUUACCAUUUAUUUUCGCGAUCUAUGACAUCUGAAUAAAGGGGGUUACUGGGGCUUACAAGGGAUUACAGGGGGUUACAAGGGGUUACAAGGGGUUACAAGGGGUUAGAGGGGGUUUCAAGGGGUUACACUUGGUGACAAGGGAUGACAUUGAGUUACAAGGGAUUAUACAAACUUUUUUCGAACUAGAACGCUCCCAGAUACUUUUUCUUGGUCUAUUUUCCUUAAAAAUCAAAGUUGAAGAAAUCUCAAAUUUUUGACCAAAACGAUGGACAAACCCCUUUGGAAAAAUUCUUAUUUUGCGUUUUUCAUAAACAGUUUUUUUAUAGUCUUUAAAGGCUUCUUUUUUAUCUACAACGUCAGCAAACACUUUUUCUCGAUCUAUUAUUGAUAAACACAAAAGAUGAAAAAACUUCAACUUUUUGACCAAAAUCAUGCACUAUCCCCUUUGCAAAAGGUCAAUUUUGUCUUCAUUUUAAAUCCAUGUUUAUAUUGUAUAUAGGCUUGUUUUCUAACGAGAACAUCACCAAAUAAUUUUUCCGUGGUUUAUUUUGCAUAACACGAAACCUUAACAAAAUUUCCAAUUUUUGACCAAAACCAUGGACUAACCCCUUUGGAAAAAUGCUUAUUUUGUGGGUUAAUGAAACCGGUGUUUUCGUCGUUUAGAAAGGCUUGCUUGCUAUAUAAAACGUCGAAAAUCGUUUUCUCACCAUCUAUUUUCGCGAUCUAAGACAUGAGAAUAUAGGGGGUUACUGGGGUUACAAGGGGUUACAAGGGAUUACAGGGGGUUACAAAGGGGUUACAGGGGGUUACAAGGGGUGACACGGGGUGACAAGGGAUGACAUGGGGUUACAAAGGAUUAUACAAACUUUUUUCUAACUAGAACGUUCCCAGAUACUUUUUCUUGCUCUAUUUUGCAUAAAAUCAAAGUUCAAGAAAUCUCAAAUUUUUGACCAAAACGAUGGACUAACCCCUUUGGAAAAAUUCUUAUUUUGCGUUUUUCAUAAACAGUUGUUUUUAUAGUCUUUAAAGGCUUCUUUUUUAUCUACAACGUCAGCAAACACUUUUUCUCGAUCUAUUUUUGAUAAACACAAAAGAUGAAAAAACUUCAACUUUUUGACCAAAAUCAUGCACUAUCCCUUUUGCAAAAAUGUCAAUUUUGUCUUCAUUUUAAAUCCAUGUUUAUAUUUUCUAGAAAGGCUUGUUUUCUAACGAGAACGUCACCAAAUACUUUUUCUGGGUUUAUUUUGCAUAACACGAAACGUUAACAAAAUUUCCAAUUUUUGACCAAAACCAUGGACUAACUCCUUUGGAAAAAUGCUAAGUUUGUGGGUUUUUGAAACCGAUGUUUUCGUUGUUGAGAAAGGCUUGUUUGCUAUAUAAAACGUCGAAAAUCGUUUUCUCACCAUUUAUUUUCGCGAUCUAUGACAUGGGAAUACAGGGUGUUACUGGGGUUAGAAGGGGUUACAAGGGAUUACAGGGCGUUACAAGGGGUUACAAGGGGUUACAGGGGGUUACAAGGGGUGACACGGGGUGACAAGGGAUGACAGGGGGUUACAAAGGAUUAUACAAACUUUUUUCUAGCUAGAACGUUCCCAGAUACUUUUUCUUGCUCUAUUUUGCAUAAAAAUCAAAGUUGAAGAAAUCUCAAAUUUUUGACCAAAACGAUGGACUAACCCCUUCGGAAAAAUUCUCAUUUUGCGUUUUUCAUAAACAGUUGUUUUUAUAGUCUUUAAAGGCUUCUUUUUUAUCUACAACGUCAGCAAACACUUUUUCUCGAUCUAUUUUUGAUAAACACAAAAGAUUAAAAAACUUCAACUUUUUGACCAAAAUCAUGCACUAUCCCCUUUGCAAAAAAGGUCAAUUUUGCCUUCUUUUAAAUCCAUGUUUAUAUUGUCUAGAAAGGCUUGUUUUUUAACGAGAACGUCACCAAAUACUAUUUCUUGGUUUAUUUUGCAUAACACGAGACGUUAAAAAAAUUUCUAAUUUUUGACCAAAACCAUGGACUAACCCCUUUGAAAAAAUAGUAAUUUUGUGGGUUUUUGAAACCGAUGUUUUCGUUGUUGAGAAAGGCUUGUUUGCUAUAUAAAACGUCGAAAAUCGUUUUUUCACCAUUUAUUUUCACGAUCUCUGACAAGGGAAUACAAUGGGUUACCGGGGGUCCCUGUUGGUUACAAGGGGUUACAAGGGGUUACAAGACAUUACAAGGGGUUACAAGGGGUUACAUGGGGUUACAAGGGGUUACAGGGGGUUACAAGGGGUGACAGGGGGUGACAGGGGGUGA